AUGUCGACGAAGGAUUUUAACAUCUCGCGAGACGAGUUCCGAAACAUCACACGCUGUUUGGACAAUGAGGAGUUCCGUGACCUGUUCAUGGAGUACUGCAACGAGCUGCGGGAUAAUAAGAAACAGUAUGAAGACGAACUGUCCCUGCUGGAAGCGCAACGAGGAUACGACGUAAAGUUCCUGAAGCCGUCGCCGGGUUACGUAAUCAAAACAAUCGUUGACGGGAAGCAGAAAGGAUUCAUUAACGUGUGCCAGUGUGAUCUGGUGCAGAAACCUACCAGCACCAGCGGCGUAAAUGAGGACGGUUCGAAGGGUCUGAAAUGGAGCAUCCCGUACGCUCAAACGCAGCCGAGAAAAGAUUACGACAACAAGCGGGUUGAGUGCACCGUGUAUGAUGUUAUGUUUCAUCCGGAUUCGUUGCAUUUGGCCUCCAAGAAUGGGGGCUUCCGUAAGCUGCUCAAUGAUACAUCACUCGACGCAGUUGAGAAGGCAUUCAAAGUGAAGCUGGAUCGGGCCAAUCUUCGCUUUCCGAAGCUACAGUACAAAGGUACUCCAAGUUCCUCGGUAGUGCGAAAGAAGAUGCCCCAUUGCGAUAGUUUACCGAAGGACGAACUGUUCGACAAGCUGCUUCCGCCACUGCCAAAUGCACCAAAAUCCAAGGAAGAUUUAAAACUUUCCGAAAACAUCAUCCCCAAACCGCAUAACGAGCGCACGGGGAAAACAAAAAAUAAGGAAAACGUUAAUCGAACGGCGGUAGUUGGUAUGGGCAAUAAUCCGUUUUACGCUACACCAGAGUACAAAAUCAUCCAGUGCCGUGAUGUCGAGUAUGGUGAGAUGACAAACGAGCUGGAUGCAAAGAUCGAUGUAACGAUUCCCCGCGAGCUCAAGGUGAUCAUCACGCUGCCAUUGCUAAAGUCGGCAUCCGAGUGUGCGCUGGAUGUAACCAAGACAACGUUGUACUUGGUAAGCGAGAAGCCAGCCAAAUACAAGCUGGAGCUAAAGUUGCCCUACGAGGUAAAGGAAAACGAAGGAAAGGCUUCCUUCAACAUUGAUGAGCGAUCACUCUCGGUGACGCUGCCCGUGCUGCGGAAACGAAACAUAACACUGCAGGACAUUAACAGCGUCAAUGCGUCGACCAUCCCGCACGCGAAAGAGUCGGGAAAGUUGAUCGAAGAAAUCAAUACCAUUCCAGCGGCAAAUGUCGAUCCACAAAUGGGCACGGUUACGGCUGUGCCAUCUGUGGUGGUGGAAUCGUCCAAGAAAACGGUAUUUCCCAAAUUUUCUGUCAACAAGAUGGAGAAUCUUCUAGCAUUCACGCUCAACGUCCGGAAUGUGGAUCCGAGCACGAUCCAGCUGGACAACCGUACCGAUUCGGUGUACUGUCGAUUCUCGAACCUAGGUAAUGGAUACUUUCCCUGCUUUUACGUGUUCUUUGUGCGGUUCCCUAACGCACAGGUAACGGAGGUUCAGCACGAGGAAUGGGACAACAAUCUGAUCAUUCAGAUCACCCUCAACACGGCGAACCUUUCGUCCUAUCGUGCUGGCCCGGGAGAACACGAAACCGUGGAGUAUUCGAUAAUGGAAGAUAUUUCAGAUAAGAUUAAUAAAUUCGGGAAGGAAAUCGAAGACGACAGCCUGUGUAUAGCAGUGGUACGUCAAGCAAAAGCUUCCGCGAAGGUAAAAUCGGACGAACGGAUGAGUAUCGAGAUUACCAAGCGGGAGGAAACCGACCAAUCGCAGCACGAGGCAAUGAAUGAGAUCGAAACGGAAAAGGAGGAAGAGAAAUCUUCCCUGCCCGAAGGUUUCUCGGCCACCUCUGCCGAUGAGUGCGACGAGAAGGAUGGUUCUGAGGCGGAGAAGGCCAGAACAUUGCUGAAGGCGAAGAGAAACUCGCGCAAAAAGAAGAAGCAGCGUUCGCUGUCCGAUUCCUUCUGCGAUAAUUUGAAGGUGAUUGUAGAAAAUGAGGCCACCACGGGAAGCUUCGAACAGCCGAAGGUUGGUGCGAAAGUGGAAACUCCACAGCCAUCAGCUAAAGCGGGUCCGGACACUCCGGAAACGAAGGCGAGAAAAGCUCGCAGCGUAUCGGAGUGCUGUCCGGUGAAGGAAUCGGAAGAUGAAGUACCGACGCUCACGCGGAAGUAUAAGGGCAUUCUGAAGCGCAGCUCGUACGAUCGUAGCAUCAGUGAAUGUUCAUCCGUGGAUGAUUUGGGUACAUCGGUCGAAAUGGCACGAUCGAUCGGAGAAUCGGAGUGUCGGAAGACGGUACGAUUCAAUAACUCCAUUCGGAAGCAACUGUUCAGAUCGAACUCUUGCAUACUCACCAUGAAGAAGAAAGCUCAAAAAAGAAGAGAAGUGAAGCGCCGUGCCGAUGCCCGGCGAAUGAGCGAAGGGGAAAGCACUGAUAACGACGAAAAAGAUGCGCAACAUCACGACGAUGAGCAUUGUUCCAGCAGCGAUCAGCACGACGAGAAGGAUGCGAUGGAGGACGAUAGCGGUGUGUCGUUCGAUUCGGAAUCGGGUGACAAGGAAGCGGUUGCCGUUAAGGAGGCUGGCCUGAACGGUGGCCGCGGGAAAACGGCUUCAAAGCGGAAAAACAACAACAAGGGGGGCACGAAGUCAGCUGGCUCGAAGUCAAACGGUGGUAAGAAGCAUGGUUCCGAUGCAAAGAACAUUGAAUUCAAAAGUGAUAUGAUUUUCGAUAUCGAAAUUUAA